CGAGGUGAUGUAAUGCUUCUGUAAAUAGAUCAUAUUGUAAUCGCGUUCACUUCAGCGUGCUUCGUCCCAGCGCGAGGAGCGUUGCUAGUCUCAGUCUGCGUGCGUUUAGGUUUUUUAGAUCUCAGUGAUGAAUGUUGAUCAGGACAGGCCAUAUGUGUGCACUGCUCCUGGAUGCUCACAGCGCUUCCAAAGAGAAGAUCACCUAAUUAUUCACAGACACAAACAUGAGAUGACCCUUAAAUUCCCUUCUAUUAAGUGUGACAGUGUGCUGUCAGAUCAGACUCCAACUCCGACCCGUUUCUUACAGGACUGUGAGGAAGUGGGCCUCUUUACUGACCUGGAGCUUAACCAAUCACAGGCAGAGGAGGAGACCAGACCGAACUUUGCUGCACAGGCGCCAGGUCAGAACCAGCCUCACACUGAAACACAGCCUCAGCAGAGUCAACAUCAUCAGUUUCAACCUCAGCAACAGCAGCAGUGCGCUCUGGCUCAUCUCAACCAGAACCAGCUCCACACACACAGCUCACAGCCUCAGUCUCAAUGCACUGCCACAUACUCCACUUCAAAUAAACAAUCUGCACCCAGCUGUUUGCACAGCAGACAGACAAAUGCUUUGCCUGGGACAUCAGCCGUGAAUAUGGAGGCACAGUUGUCAAUAAACUCUAGCAUGAUUGGCAUACCAGGCCCCGCCCCCUCUGGCUCAUGCUCCUCCCUUCAGAGGUCAAAGGUCAUGCCAGCCCACAGCCAACCUGUGGUUUCCAAUGGCAGUCAGAAUCCUCUUUGCCACAUGAUGGAGAUGAUGUUGUCACAGCAGCACCCAUUGUCCCAUUUACAAUCCGCAUCUCGUCAUCACACAUACCAGCAGCACUGCCACAGCCAAUCACAGCAAAGUCUUGCACAUCAACAUCAAAGCCAAGACCAAUCACAUCACAGCCACGCUCACCAUUCUCCACCUGCUCAUUUGCAUCCUGGCUCCACCCACCAGACCGCCCCUCCCCUUUCACAUCCGCCGAUACCAACACAGAUGUCGUCCACACCAAAACAGACCCCCUGCCCGCAAUCUCCUCCACAGCCGUCCACAGCCAGACGCCGGCGGACAGCAAUGGAAGACCCAGAUGAGCGCAGACGGAAGUUUCUGGAGAGAAACAGAGCGGCCGCCACGCGGUGCAGACAGAAGAGAAAGGUCUGGGUGUCGUCGCUGGAGAGGAAGGCAGAAGAGCUUACACACACUAACUUACAGCUGCAGAAUGAAGUGACAUCACUCAGGACAGAAGUCACUCAACUGAAGCAAAUUCUUCUUGCACAUAAAGACUGUCCUGUCACUGUGAGACAGAGAGAAACACAGACUGGAGUAGGUAGUCCAACAGGAAGUCCUGUCCAGCAACAUGCCAUCCAACACAACAGCAUCUCAACAUCAAAUUCGACUUUACCACACACUCACCUCCCCCCACACUCACACCCCACUAACAAUACACAACUAUAGCAUGCUUCUACAUGGACAGAAACAGAUGAGAACACAAAAUUCGACCCUUCUUUAGAGCCAGGUCAGGGCACCUAUGACCAAGCAGGUACCCAUCAGUGCAAAAGCAAAACUGAACAGCAAAAUGUUUUAAACUUGGAUUUAUAACUAAAAGGGAAUGUAUGCAUUACAUAUAUGUCUGAAAUGUCUGAAUAGAAUAAUUAAAUUAAAAGUCUGUUUAUAUUUCUGGCCCUUGACAUCUCCGGUAAUCAGUUUUCUUUUACCUCACUGUGAUUUAUAAUAGUGCUGGAAAGUCUUUUACCCUCACUAAAUUUAGUUUUCUUAUUUUUAAACCUGUCUCUCACCCUCUUUGUACCUCUUUUUCUGUCUUCUCACACUCUUCCUCAUGCUUUGUUAUAGUUGAUCUUUCUCAGGGACUCUCAUCUAGUUUUACUCCUAGAGUAUAUGUGCACAUUUGUGUGUAUAUGUGUGUUUUGUUUUGUUUUUGGCCACAGUCAGUGUAAACGCUUUGAUAGCUUCAGUGACAGCUGUGUGUGCGCCAAAUCCUGAAACUAAUGGCAAGGCCGUGUGAAAUGCAUUGAAUCAGGGCAGUUGUAAAUUUGUAAUUGUAAAUAGGAUUCUCUAGUUUUAUAAAUUUAUGAUGAUGCAGCUAAAGCUGAUUGUUACUUGUUUGUCUUCGCUGUAAAUAUUAUUAGAGGCCUCUUGGUGAAUUAUCAGGUAUCACAUUACUUACGAAAGUAUUUAAGAGUAUCACAAGUGAAUAUUGAAUUCAUUGAAUAACAUGCAGCUCAUUUUAUAAAGACCGAGCCAACAUCAAAUAAUGUAUAGGAAUGAUAGUAAAGGAAUCAUGCAUCACUAAUCGCACUCAUGGCACUCUGAAUGUCUUACAGUAUUCUCCUAAAACAAUACAGCAUAGCAAUCAUGUCACACUAACUGACUCAGUGACAAUCAAAAUGUCAAUACUGACUUUUCUUGGAAAUAACAUGCAAGCAUGUGUACCAUCUCUGAUAAAAAAAUAAAAUAAAAAAAAUGCUUAGGUAAAGAAUUUAUAUGGUUAUACAUUCUGUGUAAAAUGGAAUCAUGGUUCUGGACAUAAAAAUAAUGUUUGUACACUCUGCAGGUUUAAACUGUUUUAUGCAUGUACAAUUUGUUUUUAUAUUUAUCUAUUUUUGUACACAUUUGUGGCCAUUUUUAAUUAAAAGCACUUGAUAUCUGUA